AUGUUUAAAGUCGCUAGCAACUAUGAUGACCUUCGUAUUCGAACAUUAUUUGAUCGAAUAUUAAAAUUAUUAUCAAGUACACAACCACCUGAAACACCAAGUGGUUCAAGUCUUGUUCAAUAUGUUGUUCAAAUAAAUAAUAAAAACCUUCAACAAAUAAUUAAUUAUGAUAAUCAACAAUCAUAUGAUCAAAUUUAUUUAUUAAUUAAUCAUAUAACUAAAAGAUUAGAUAAUGAAGUUGAACAAGCAAAAAUUAAUUUAUUUCAAGCUGCAAAAAAUGGACCUAUGUAUGGUUGUUUAAGUGGUAUUAAUGCACUUUUAACUAUUAUUCAUGAUAAUAAAUAUGAAAAUGAACAAGAAAUAAAUCGAUGGAAAAUAAUAUUUGAUCAUUUAAUUAAUUUAUAUUUAGAAAUAGCUUCAUUAACUAGUCUAAUUGUUAGUUCAUCAUCGCCUGAAGGAAUGAUGCGAAUGGAACUUACUAAAAUUGGUAUAAAAGAUAAUAAUGAAAAUUCAAAUGGACAAAUAACAUCUCAAAUGUUAUUAGUAUGUUGUUGGAGAACAAGUAAAGAAAUUUCAUUAUUAUUUAGUCGUUUGGGACAAAUUAGAAUAAAAUAUAUUCUAAAUGAAAAUCAAUAUUGA